CUUAAACCUUUAUGGUGGGGCAGAAAGCUGCUGCAAAACCUAUCCAUAUAACCCGCUCCAUUUUCAAUUCUAACACUCUUCUCCAGCCGAUAUCACACUGCUCCUCUCUUCUUUGGAAAAAUAAGCGAAAAAGGAGAUACCCUUUUGCACUUCUGAUCUUCUUCUUCAGUAAUUAUCAGCAAACAAAGUUGAGUAUUUUUCAAGGUGAUGGAGAACAUAUGUAUAGUUUCUUCACCUAAAAUGGUAUUGGGUCUCUCUUCAAACCCAGUAAUUUCAAAUAAACCCUUGUUUGGCCUUCCUCAUCUACCCAAAAGACCCUUCAAGAAUGGAAGAAUUGUCAGACCCACAACCUGUUUUGAGGUGGUAUCUUGUUUUCAGAGUCCAAGGCUGACUAAAAAGAUUGUGCUGGGAAAAUCAGGGAGGGGUUCUUUUGCUAGCACUACAACUUCAGGUGGCCAACAGACUUCUUCAGUUGGUGUAAAUCCACAAUUUUCAGCUCCAUCGCAACCAUCUCAAGUGGGGUCUCCUCUUUUUUGGAUUGGAGUUGGUGUUGGGCUUUCAGCACUUUUCGCAUGGGUGGCUUCAUACCUAAAGAAGUAUGCUAUGCAGCAAGCGUUAAAAACAAUGAUGGGACAAAUGAAUGGCCAGAAUAGUCAAUUUAGCAACAAUGCUUUUUCACCUGGACCUGGGUCACCUUUUCCUUUUCCAUUCCCACCACCACCAGUGUCAGGUCCAGCUAGUUCAUCACCUCCACCACCUACUGCAUCUACCUCAUCUACACCAUCAGCUUCAUUUGCAUCUCAACCGGUGACUGUUGAUGUAUCUGCAACUAAAGUGGAGGAACCUCCAACUGUGAAUGUCAAAAAUGAUACAGAGGCUGGAAAGGAGCCAAAGAAAAAUGCUUUUGUUGACAUUUCUCCUGAUGAAACAUUCCAGAAGGGUGCCUUUGAAAAUUUUAAGGACUCAACUGAGACGGCUUCAGUAACUGUUGAUCAGGUAACUCAAAAUGGGGCUGCUUCACAGUUGGGAUUUGGUCCAAAUACAUCUGACAGUACCUCAUCGACUGGAAAAUCUAAUCCUCUAAUGUCAGUAGAUGCUCUGGAGAAAAUGAUGGAAGAUCCAACAGUGCAGAAGAUGGUUUACCCCUAUCUACCCGAGGAGAUGAGGAACCCUACAACAUUUAAAUGGAUGCUGCAAAAUCCACAAUACCGUCAACAGUUGCAGGACAUGAUGAAUAACAUGGGUGGAAACCCAGAAUGGGACAACCGUAUGAUGGAUUCCUUGAAGAAUUUUGAUCUUAGCAGCCCUGAAAUCAAGCAGCAAUUUGAUCAAAUAGGACUUACUCCCGAAGAAGUCAUUUCAAAGAUUAUGGCUAAUCCUGAUGUUGCUAUGGCUUUCCAAAAUCCAAGAGUUCAAGCAGCCAUCAUGGAUUGUUCUCAGAAUCCACUGAGUAUUGCAAAAUAUCAAAAUGACAAGGAGGUGAUGGAUGUCUUCAACAAAAUAUCAGAACUAUUCCCUGGGGUGUCAGGUUCACCUUGAUUCUCUCCUUCCUGCUUAAAUAGCUAUUAUGUGACAAUGCUGUCAUUUUUGUUCUGUUUGAGUGAGGUAUCAGUCAGAAUUGUUGGGCUCUGAGAUGUAGUUUGCACCCUCUGUUGCAACGGAUGCACAUGAAAACAUCGCCUCCUUUAUAUAAAUUCAUUGCCCUUCUCAAAUUUUGUGGAUGUUAACAUACUUGCCUUGGCUUAUCAGUAGUCUUUAGAAGCCAACUUCAGAUGUAAAUUUGCCAGUUUCUUUAUGGUUUUAGAGUUACAUAAAGCUUAUUCAACUGUAUGAUUUGACGAAAAUGCUCUAUUCUUCUAUCUUGAGGUAUGUUUUUCUCACCGGGGACCUCCUGCAAAA